CAUUAAGACGUAUAGUUGGAGACUUCUACUCCUUAUUAAAUGGUUUUCUCGUAAUUAGGUAAUCAAUUAUUUUAUCUUCGAUACUGUCAUAUGUUAAUCUAUACGUAAACGUGUGAUAAGCGAAAAUCACAGCUAUCAUAAUAUUAUUAUUUUUGUCACUGUUUAGAACCAUACAGUUUACAUUGCAAAGCGGUUGUUAACGUACGAAUUGUUGUGAAUUUUUUGCUUUGCUUUUUAGUUUAGUGUGUUGUUUGUUAAACCGGAUUUGAAGUCGGUCGGUGUGUACUAUUGUCGACUAUUGUUUUGUGCCAAUUUUACUCGUGCAUUCACAUCGUCUGCUUGUUUAAAACUUCAGAUAAACAAACAGACAGAAUAAAGAUGGCUGGUUUUGCAACAGUAUUGAAGCCGCGCGGCGUCGCGUGCGCAUCUUCUAGUCAUAGAUUAAGCCUGUGUUUUGUUUUUGUUAUAUUAUUAGGUAUCCCAAGUGCACAUUCCCAGUUAGAAAAAUUGUAUAUAAGUGAAACGGAUCUCAACAUCCUCGUGGAUGAUACGCAUCUCAUGAAACUGAUACAAAUUGGACAAUACAAUGAAAGUCUACAAGUGACGGCGAACAUCCAACAUCCAGACAUCGUGCAGUUUGUCCCCCAAACUAUAGACAUUCCAGGGUCUAAAGAACCAAACACAACAGUGAAGAUCACAUACGAUAUCUGCGCAUACGCAAAGAGUCCAGGACAUUCUGAGGUCACAUUCAACGUGACACCAGCUGGAUAUGUCAACAUGGACUCAGUGUUCCUCCGUAUCACAGUGAUGCACUCCCACGCAAUCAACGUAAUCUCCUACAUCAUGGGCUGGAUCUACUUCGCAGCCUGGUCGGUCUCCUUCUACCCUCAAAUCUACAUCAACUUUAAGAGGAAGAGUGUCGUUGGACUUAAUUUUGACUUCUUAGCGCUGAACAUCAUGGGUUUCACUAUGUAUUCGUUGUUCAACUGCGGUCUUUACUUCUCUAAGGAUAUUCAGAGUGAAUACUUCGCCCGUCACCCUCGUGGUCUGAACCCGGUACAGCUAAACGAUGUAUUCUUCUCACUGCACGCUGCGUUCGCUACUCUCAUCACUAUUGCUCAGUGCUUCAUCUACGAGCGCGAAGACCAGCGAGUAUCAACGACAGGUCGCAGCAUUCUCGGCGUGUUUACAGCAGUGGUGAUAGUCUCGGCCGGAGUCGGCGCCGCCGGGAAACUCGCCUGGCUCGACUUCCUUUACUACUGCAGUUACAUCAAGCUCUCCAUCACGCUGAUUAAAUAUGUACCCCAGGCUUACAUGAACUACAAACGCAAAUCAACAGUCGGCUGGAGCAUUGGCAACAUUUUCCUAGACUUCGUUGGAGGUUCCCUGUCUAUCCUACAGAUGGCGCUGAACGCCUAUAACUACAACGACUGGAUCUCUUUCUUCGGCGACGCGACCAAAUUCGGCCUCGGCUUGUUCAGUCUCGUCUUCGAUAUAUUCUUCCUUCUACAACACUACGUAUUCUAUAGAGAGGGCAAAGAGUUUGUGAGGGUUAACAGUAGUGACGAAGGGUCGGAGUUGUCGAGCAGUAGCGAGGGGAGGGAGUAUUUUGUUUUGGUCCACGAUUGGCAUGCCGAUGAGAAAAAGUAUGAUCUGGACGUCAAAGCGUGAUGAAGACCACAUCUAUCCAGGACCUGUUCCACACACUAAUUUAGACCUAAUUGUAACUCCAGUAAGAUUUAAUUUUGAACUACAACAUUCAGAUCGUUGCUGAUGUCUGAUUCUAGCUUUAUUUGAAUAUUUUCUGUUUUAGUAAUUUAAGUUAUAAAGUAAUUAUGUUAAGUCAUGCAAUGCUUUAACGUCUAUCGAUUUUAUUUUGACAGAUUAUUUAGUUCGAUUCCAUGAAAUAUUGCGAUCAGUAUUCAUCCGAUUAUUUAAAAUAUCAGUUCCGUUGUUUCCAAUGUUUUUAAGAAAAAAUCAAAGUCUGUUUCAAACGAUGCCAUUUUUCUGAUGUCCUUUUUUAAUCUGUAACUGCCAUAAUCUGUAUUUUGAACUUGGGAUACCAUUAAGCAAUGCAAAUUUAGGUAAUAGUAUAUUUAUUUAAUCGAAUCCAAGACAUUAAAUGUUUGAAAAAUUAUUAUUAUUGGUUAAGAUACUUUGCCCAACAAAAUAUUAUUAUUAUUACUGUUUAAAACAUGAUAAACAGACUGAUUUUAUUGUAUUUAGAGCAUUUAUGAUAUUCGUGGGACUAUUAUUGUGUUAUUAUUUUUUCGUGAUUCUAUUAAUAGUCCUAUUCAAUCUUAUGAAGAUUAAAAGUUAAAUAGCCAAAUAGUUAAAAAGCAUGUUUCAAAAACUUGCGUACUCCCAUUAUUAUUUGAUUAUAAUUUGAAACAACACAAAAACAGUGCUCGACCAAAACUUUUAAUAUUCGUAAGUGAUAUGCAAAAAGGUUGAAAACUAAACAUUUUAUUUACAAUUUUUUUUAUUAAUGAUAUUUUAUUUUGUUAAAUGACAAAGUCAUUAAUCGUUUCAAGGAUCUGUGAUGACAACACAUUUUAUAUUAAAAUGUGAAAUGAUAAAUAUCACUGCUGUUUUUGAUUGCCAUCCUUAAAAUAAGUGUCGAUUUAUCCCAUCCCUAUCCUUUAUCGACAUACAACAACACUAUGUAACAUGAAAUAACUGUUUAUAAUCUCAGUUCUAUAGUUUAUGUACGAUUGCAGUAGGUUUAGUUUAGAGUUUAAUUAAGUUAAGGUUGUUUAUGGUAUUUAAUAAAUUAAUCUUGGUUUGGC